UAUAAAUAGUGUCUAAAAUUCAUGGUUUUAGUUAUUAAUUGCUAAUAACACUCCAAGUUUGAUAUUAGACUCGGUGUUUGUAUAUAUUAUUUAUAAUUUAUAGUCACAGAGUAAUAUAUUUAAUAUAUUUAAAGUCUAUAUUAAAGUCAUAAAAUGAAUUCAAUAACCAUUGAAAUACUACUCAUUUGUGUGAUCGUCGGAAUCGUGGGAGUGUGGGGUCGACCGCACUGUGAGAUAUCGGAGGCGUCGGCCGACGAAUGUGGGAAACGAUUGAUGUUUAUCGGCGAACAGACCACUGGUCUCCCCAAGAAUGACGACGAGCUGAAGACCCGAUGCGGUCAAGUGAACGAAGGACUCGACUGUCUAAAGAAGUAUUCCAAGACCUGUUUGGAUCCGUUCGCCACACAAAUCAUGAAUAUUGUGAUCAAAAACGGCGACAAAUUAGAGGCAAAGUAUUGCAAAACGGAUAGCGAGAGAAAGAAAUUGUUGGAUGCCUUACAGUGCGCCCAGGGAUCUGAUCUAGGUCCACUGCACUUAUGUAUGGAGAAGUUUGUGGUGCAAAUGGAGCACUUGGCGGGUGUGACGGGUGACCACCGAAUACCGGCCACCUGUUGCUCAUUCCAGUUGAUGGAUCACUGCGUCCGGGAGGCCGGCGUCAAGAUAUGCUCACAAAAAGACAAAAUUGAUUACAUCACCAAAUUCUUGACCGAAAUGACGGGUGAGAUAGUUAAGACAGGUUGCGGCAAAUAUGACAGUCUGUCCCACUGUGACAGUGCUAUGGACAAGAAGGAGUGGGAUAACCUCAAGGCACUCGUGGCCUCCAAUGAUCCCAAAGAGAUUGCCGCCAAACGGGUCAAUACCUCGCCGUUUAUAGCACUGAAGAAUGUGUUGAAACAACUCAUGGAAGAGUGA